AUGGCAUCCAGUCAUCGCAAGACGAUCACCAUUCUCACCUCGCCGACGACGUCCACAAACUCUCUGCCAGGCUACAUUCCCAAGGGCUCGCCAACGACAGCGAAACAGUACCGCAUCGAGGAGCGCAAGCGAACAGUCUAUGUGACUUCGGAUUUACCUCCAUCAGAAUGGGACGAGCAGAGUCUUAAUACAAUCUUCAGCAUGGCUCAGGCCCAAGCUGAUCAUGGUGAGCAGCAGGACGAGACCGACGACGAUGGACGGCCUAUACGUCGGACACAGUCUCUUGUCGAGACUCAAUUCAUCAUUUCAGAAGAGAGCCCAAGUCCCGCUGCUUCCAUGAGCAACGUCGUGGUUGGACAGACACCGAGACUCAGCACAUACCAGCAGUUACCACGGCGAGGGCCGACGAAGAGCGGGGUUUUCAAGGGCAUUCCAGGGACACCAACGCCACCCGACUCGCCAAAGCGCAGUCCUGUCCAGAAGACCUCUCCCCAACGACCGAAAAUUCUCUUCUACCACAAACACGAUCCACACUAUGGCUUCACCAACUUCUCUGCGCACCCUGUGAUGUACAAGGGGAAACGGUAUCCGACAAGUGAACAUCUGUUCCAGUCAUUCAAAUUCCAAGGCCACCGCCCCAACCUUGCAGAGCACAUCCGAACCUGUUCCGAAAGGCCUAGCGUUGCAUUCUCUGAAGCACGCCGCUUCCAGCCGGAGGUUCGACAUGACUGGAAACGCGUGAACAUCGAAAAGAUGGAAGAAACUUUGUGGCACAAAUUCACCCAACAUGAAGAUCUCAAAGCCGAGCUUCUGGCUACAGGCGACGCGGAGCUUAUUGAGGUACUUUACAUUCACUUUCUUCUCGUCUUCUCACUUAGCAUUAAUCACGGUUCUUUCAUAUCAGGACUCUGA